AUGGGCUUCAAAGACCUGCUCAUCCUCGGGCUCACGCAUCCCAGCGACCUGCGCGUGCUGGCGCAGUACUGGCUGUACGACGAGCGCCGGGACAUCACGCUCCCGAGCGAGUACGAGGCCACGCGAUACGACCAGAAGACGAUGCGGAGGUGUUGGGAGUUGCUGGAUAUGACGAGCAGGAGUUUCUCGGCUGUCAUUAAGGAGCUCGACGGGGAGCUCGCACGUGUCAUCUGUCUAUUCUACAUCGUGCUUCGUGCACUAGACACUGUAGAAGAUGACAUGACAUUACCCGACGACGUCAAACAACCCUUACUGCGCUCCUUCCACCAAAAAGUCGUCACCCCCGGCUGGAACUUCACCGGUAGCGGUCCGAACGAGAAGGACAGGGACGUGCUGGUCGACUUUGCGGAUAUCGUCGAGGAGGUCCGGGCAUUGGACCCCCAAUGCCGCGACGUGAUCGUCGACAUCUGCCACAAAAUGGAGAUCGGCAUGGCCGACUACGCGCACCACGCCGUCGUCAGCGGCUCAAUCUCGCUCCCCACAAUCGAAGACUACGACCUGUACUGCCACUACGUCGCCGGCCUCGUCGGCGAGGGCCUCUCGCGCCUCUUCUCCGCGACCGGAAAGGAAGCACCCUGGCUCGCGUCCGAGCUGGAGCUCUCGAACUCCAUGGGCCUCCUGCUCCAAAAAACGAACAUCAUCCGCGACUUCCGCGAGGACGCGGACGACAAGCGCUUUUUCUGGCCGCGCGAGAUCUGGGGCGACGCGAAGUAUGGCAAUGGUGUGCCCGCGGAGAGCUUGACGCAGUUACAUGCGCCGGGCGAGGAGGAGCGCGCGGCGUGGGUCCAGAGCGCCAUGAUCAUCGACGCUUUGCGCCACGCGCCCGACGCGCUGGACUACCUCCGCCUCCUGCACAACCAGACCGUGUUCCGCUUCGCCGCUAUCCCAGCCGUGAUGGCGAUGGCGACGCUCGAGCUGUGCUUCAUGAACCCCGAGAUGUUUUUAAGGAAUAUUAAGAUCCGCAAGGCGCAGGCGGCACGGCUGAUUAUGAAGAGCCAUAAUCCGCGCGACGUGGCGUAUAUCUUCCGGGACUAUGCGCGGGCUAUUCAUGCGAAGGCGAGCCCGAAGGAUCCGAGCUUUAUCAAGCUCUCCGUCGCGGUCGGCAAGAUCGAGCAAUGGGCCGAACACUACUACCCCUCCUUCGUCCAAAUAAUCCAGGGCCAAUCCGGCUCAAAGGCCGUCUUCAACCCGGACGACCCGCGCACGCUCAUAGGCCAAGCCAUCGACACCGCCGCGCGCGCCGAACAAGAGCAACGCAAGCGCGACGAGGCAGCCGCGAAGUUCGACCAGUACCGUCGCGAGCGCGAGGAACGUAUUGCUAGGGGAGAGUUGCCGCCGUCUGCGGCUGUGGUCGGGACGGGCGAGACGAAUUAUGUGGAGGUUGCGAUUUUCGUGGGCGGCGCUUUCGCGCUGGUUUUGGGCGUUACGGCUGCGGUCGUGUUUGGGGUUUUGUAUUUGUUCCCGGUUGAGAAGUAG